AUGCAGAACAGGUCGAAAGCGGCACAAAAGGUGCAGGCGGCGUUAAUGAACACGAUUAAAACGUCAGGCCAUGAAUUGGAAGGCUUGGCGCAACUUCUCUGGAUAGAUGGGGUGAACUACUUCUUUGACGAUUCCGUCUCUGAUCAAACUAAAAAUGCGUUCAAAGACGCGGCGAAUCAAUGGGAAAGUUACACCUGUAUCAACUUCACAGAAAAUCCUUCGCAAUACUUGGCGUUUAGAGUCGCUAACAACAACCUAAUUUCAGCUAAAGACCGAGUGAAAGUGGCUGAGUUAUCAGGAUGUUAUUCGACUGUCGGCAAAGAAGGCGGCGAACAGGUGUUAUCGUUGGGAAACGGAUGUGCUCAGGGAUUUAUCGCUGCGCACGAAAUUGGACACACUCUGGGAUUUAUACACACCCACUCGCGUUCCGAUCGCGACAACUUUAUCAAAGUUAACUAUGACGUUUUGCAG